GGUGGGUCUUUAUGCAUGCUGAAUUGUGUUGCUUCAUUGCAGGAGGCCUUGUUCUCACUUCAUUCUGCAGGAUUCACCAGAAGAGACUCGAUGUCUGUCUCUGCCUCCAUAAUGGUUGUUCCUGAAUCUCAAGGAGAAUUGUAUCACCCUCCUCCUGACCUACAGACGGAUGCACAUGUGCCUGAUUUCAGCUCCUAUGUGGAAAUGUACAAGAAGUCUCUGGAGAAUCCAGAAGCGUUCUGGAAGGAGGUUGCAGAUGAGUUCUUCUGGAAGAAACCAGCCACUGGUCCAAUGCUUCAGUACAACUUUGACGUGACAAAGGGCAACAUAUUCGUCAAAUGCAUGGAAGGAGCCAAAACCAACAUGUGCUAUAAUGUCUUGGACAGACAUGUAAGGGAGGGGAACCUCGGCGAAAAGGUCGCCUAUUACUGGGAGGGGAACUCACCUGAACAUCACACAACUAUCACCUACGGACAGAUGCUGAGUCACGUCUGCCGCUGUGCUAAUGUGCUCAAGAGAAUGGGAGUGAGAAAGGGAGACAGAGUGUCCAUCUACCUUCCCAUGAUCCCAGAGCUCGUCUACACCAUGCUGGCAUGUGCACGGAUAGGAGCCGUCCACUCUGUGGUGUUUGCAGGAUUCUCCUCAGAGUCUCUGUGUGAGAGAAUAAUGGACGCCGAGAGCAGCGUUCUGGUCACAGCAGAUGGUGUUUACCGAGGAGACAAACUGAUCAACCUGAAGCAGAUCUCCGACGAAGCGCUGGAGAAGAGCAGGGAGAAAGGGUCGUCUAGCAUCAGAAAGUGCCUGGUUAUAAAGCAUGAAGCUCUCAGGACGAAAACAGGAGCUUCAUGCAACAAAUUACAGACUCCGUGGGACUCGGACCGAGACGAGUGGUGGGACGAGGCGAUGAGCGACUCCUCUGAGGUCUGUGAGCCUGAAUGGCUGGACGCCGAAGAUCCGCUCUUCAUUCUCUACACCAGCGGCUCCACCGGCAAACCUAAAGGUGUCGUCCACACCGUCGCUGGGUAUCUGCUCUACACCUUCCUCACCUUCAAGUGCGUUUUUGAUUAUCACCAGGACGACGUGUACUGGUGCACAGCGGACAUCGGCUGGAUCACGGGUCACUCAUACAUAACCUACGGUCCUCUUGCAAACGGCGCCACCAGUGUCCUUUUUAAUGGAAUCCCGGUCCACCCGCAUGUCGGGCGGUUCUGGGAGAUCAUAGAGAAGUACAAGGUGACCAAGUUUUACACGGCUCCCACUGCCAUCCGCCUGCUGAUGAAGUACGGACAAGAACCGCUGCAGAAGUACGACCUCUCCACCCUGAGGAUUCUGGGUACUGUAGGCGAGCCGAUCAAUCCCGAGGCGUGGCAGUGGUACUACGAGACUGUCGGUCAGAGCCGAUGCCCCGUGGUCGACACGUUCUGGCAGACGGAGACGGGAGGUCAUGUUUUGACGCCUCUACCUGCCGCCACGCCUUUGAAACCAGGAUCAGCUACAUUUCCUUUUUUCGGAGUAGAGGCGACCAUUUUGAACGAACAUGGAGAAGAAGUGGAAGGCGAGGCUGAAGGUUAUCUGGUUUUCAGAAAGCCCUGGCCGGGAAUAAUGCGCACAGUUUAUGAAAACCACGAACGCUUCGAAAACACCUACUUCAAGAAAUUCCCUGGCUUUUAUGUGACUGGUGACGGCGCCAAGCGGGAUAAAGACGGAUACUUCUGGAUCACAGGGAGGAUAGACGACAUGUUGAACGUGUCAGGCCACCUCCUGAGCACAGCGGAAGUGGAGGCGGCGCUGACACUGCACUCGGCCGUAUCGGAGGCCGCCGUGGUGAGCCGACCUCACCAGGUGAAGGGAGAGUGCCUCUACUGCUUCGUCACCCUCAAAGACAGUCGGGAGUUCGACAAGAAGAUGGUGGCGGAGCUGAAGACGCUGGUAAGAGAGAAAAUCGGACCAAUCGCCACACCAGACUUUAUUCAGAAUGCCCCGGCGCUGCCGAAGACGCGUUCAGGAAAGAUAAUGAGGCGAAUCCUCCGGCAGAUCGCGCGCAACGAGAAGGACUUGGGUGACCUUUCCACACUGGCUGACCCCAAGGUGGUGGAGGUGUUGUUCAGCCAGAGGAGUGAGGCCGCCGCCUGAGGAGGCGCUAAGACAUUUUGAAAAUUACUUUUAAAGCCAAAGAAAAAUUUUUCAUUGUAGAUUUUUGGGCCAAAGUAUUGCAGAUUUUAUCGAAGUGAUUUAUUUUUCUGCUGAUACUUUAUGUAUAUUUCCACAUUAAUCCAGCCAUAAUAAAACGUGUCAUCCGUU